GUUGGCUCCCGCGGCUGGGGCACGCUCGUGUCCGUCUCAGUCGUUGGGGGUAUAUUCGCGCAUCGUCUAUAAUCCAUAUAAAAACAAAUUGCGAACUAGAAAUUCCGCAAGCGAUGUCGACGCAACCCUUUACGCUAUUUCGCAAUCACAAUUAUAAGGCCGACACGGAGUACGUGGUGAAGGUGGCCAAGACUCUGUUAACGCCCGUCGGUAUCUGGCCGCUCUAUCGAGGCAACUCCAAAACCGACAAGAUCAAGAAUCACCUCCAGACAACCUUGAUAUUCUGUCUGAUGUGCUUUCUGCUCGUCCCGCACGUCAUAUACACCUUCUUCGACGCGGAGGACCUGACCAAAUACAUGAAGGUCAUAGCCGCCCAGGUAUUCAGCCUGCUUGCCAUCAUCAAAUUCUGGACGAUGAUCAUCAACAGAGAUGGGAUUAGAGACUGCCUGCAACAGAUGGAGAUUCAAUACAGGGACGUGGAGUGCGAAGAGGAUCGCUUGGUGAUGACGAAGAGCGCCAAGAUCGGCAGACUCUUCACGGUGACGUACCUGGGGCUAUCGUACGGCGGCGCGUUGCCCUAUCAUAUAAUUAUGCCGCUACUAGAGGAAAGAAUCAUCAAGGAGGACAACACGACGCUAAUACCCCUGCCGUACCUCAGCGACUACAUCUUCUUCGUGGUGGAGGACUUUCCAACGCCGUUCUAUGAGAUUGUCUUCGUCUCGCAGAUCCUGGUCAGCAGCAUCCUCCUCUCCACCAACACCGGCGUUUACAGCUUAAUUGCCAGCUGCGUGAUGCACAGUUGCUGUUUGUUCGAGGUCGUACGCAGGCAGAUAGAGACGGUCCUCAGCGGCGGGGUCGACGAUCUCCACGAGCGACUCGGAGGAAUAAUCGAACACCAUAUGCGAGCUAUCAGAUUCGCGGAGAUGAUUGAGAAAUCAUUAAACAUUGUCUUUUUAUGCGAGAUGGUUGGAUGCACUAUUAUUAUAUGCUUUCUAGAAUUCGGAGUUUUGAAGGAAUGGGAAGACGGAAAGAUUUUACCUAUGGGCACAUACUUCGUUCUAAUGACAUCAAUAUUUGUGAACGUUUAUAUUAUAUCAGCUAUCGGUGAUCGCCUUAAAGAAGAGAGCGAGAAAGUGGGAGAAUCGUCGUAUUCUAUCGAUUGGUAUAAUUUGCCAACAAAAAUCGUGAGGGAUUUAAUUCUGGUGAUGCUCAGAUCAAACCGCCCAUCAACCUUGACGGCCGCAAAAAUAUUCGAUCUUUCCCUUCAAGGAUUCUGCGAGGUGUGCAAAACGUCAGCGGCGUACUUUAAUUUUAUACGAGCGAUGACUACAUAAACUCUGGAGUUAUAUCCUAUAUAUAUAAACUAUUGAACGCCUAUGUAUAAGAAAUGCUAAGCUACCGUCACUUUGUAAGAUAUAUGAUAUAUCUCACUUACUCUUUUUAUCAAAUAUCAGCUAAACAAUCACC